AUGUUUCCGUCACUUCCUACGAUGACUGUACUUGUCCCACUCCUGUCUCUAGCCGGUCUGUUUUAUUCAGCCAGCGUGGAUGAAAACUUUCCCCAGGGCUGCACGAGUACAACCAGCUUGUGUUUCUACAGCCUGCUACUUCCAGUUACGAUCCCAGUUUAUGUGUUCUUCCACCUUUGGACCUGGAUGGGCCUUAAACUCUUUCGCCACAACUAGGUUAAGCUGAAAUGUGUUGGGCCUCUUGGGACUAGAUGUGGCAUAAAGAAUGUAGUGGCGUCUUCCUUCAUCCACAGCUAAAAGAAGUGAAAUGAAAUAAACCCCUAGGAACAGCAGACUAAGCUUGCUUAAAUGCAUGUUCAUCCAACUAUGUGUAAGAUUCAAGAGCAUUGUGCACAGGCACUUCUAGCGCCAAACCAGGUGACAUGGAACAAGUCAGCCAAAGAAGCAGUUGUGGGGUGAUGCAAGCAAGUCCUGUGUCAACAAAUGUGCCUUAAGUCAUGCAGACUGCCAUGCACAGAAGAGAAGAACUAACAUAAUAUCAGCCUGUAGGAAUGGGACAGGAGAUGCACCUGCAAAAAAGCUCUGUGCAGAGGUAUCCCAAGGGAUAUUCCCAGAUAUUACCAAAUGCUUACAAGCAAUGCCAUGCAUGCAGUAUGCUCUAGAUGCAACAUAUUUCCUUGGCAGAAGGGCCUUUCAUGCAGGAAUUUGAACAUGUGUGACAUGGUCCUAGGUGUGCUAACUCUUGAGUUCUCAGGUUAGGCAUGGUAGUAAUGGAUAGCACUCAGGUGUCUCUUUGUUAAAAGCUGCACUUUUACUCUGCAGGCACCCAUGCAUUUGGAUUCACGUGUGCAACAGAAUUGAGAUCAACAUGCUGUCUUCUGACACCAAGUAGUACAGAAUAAAAAAUGAAUAGCAAGUUUGUUUUUAAUAAAGUACCUAUAAAAUCAAA